CGGGGGCGGGGCCGGGGCGUCCCACGUCGGCUCUGGGGCCGCGGCGGCCAUGUUGGGCUGAGGCGAUGACAGGAGGCGGCCGGGACGCGACGCACUGAGGCGAGGGGAGACCCGGGGCUCCUGCGACGGGGAGACCUCCACCCCCGCCCCGGGGGACGCCGCGGGCGCAGCCUCCGCCCCUCCCGGCUCCGCUCGGCGGCUCGGCGCCCACCCACAGGCUCCGGCUGGGCUCGGAAGCUCCGCUCGGCUGCGUUCGACCCCGCCUCGGCCCCCAUCUACGCGGCUCGGCGACGCUCGGCCUCGGCCCGGAAGCUCGGCUCAGCGGCGCUCGGCUCCCACCUACGCGGGCUCGGCUCCCCCUCGGCCCCGCCCUCGUCCCGGCUCGUCCCGGCUCGUUCCCCCGCCCGUCCCCGCUCGGCUCCGCUCGGUCCCCCUCGGCCCCGACCUCGGCCCCGCUCGUUCCUGCUCGUCCCUAGCUCGUCCCCGCUCGGUCCCCGGCCCCGCUCGUCCCCUAGCUCGUCCCCGCUCGUCCCCGCUCGUCCUUGCCUCGUCCGUACUCGGCUCCCUCGGCCCCUAGCCUCGUCCCUCCUCGGCCCCAGCUCGGCCCCGCUCGUCCCCCCUUCGUCCCGCCUCGGUCCCCUCUGCCCUUAGCUCGUCCGUGCCCGUCCCCGCUCGUUCCUGCUCGUCUCCCUCGGCCUCCGUCGGCCCCUAUCCCCGUCCCCGCUCGUUCCUGCUCGUCUCCUCCCGGUCCCCCUCGGUCCCUAGCUCGGCCCGGCCUCGUCCCCCCCUCGGCCCCACGCUCGUCCCCCCUUCGUCCCGGCCCUCGGCCCCGCUCCGGCCCCCCGAUGCGCGCGUCCGCCCCGCCGUCGGCCCGGGCGGCCCCCGCGGACGUGAGUCACCGGCCCCGGCGGCGGGGAGGGGCCGCGGCGGCCGCGCUUAAGGCCGCGCUCCCGCGUCCGGCCCGCCAGUGCGCAGCGCGCUGAGCCCGCGGCCGCCAUGACCUCCGCGCCCGGCCCCGCCGGCAUGAUCCCGCUGCGGCUGAUCCUGGUGAGCGGGAAGACGCAGGAGUUCCUGUCUCCCGCCGGGCGCCCGGCCGCCGACGUCGCCGCCCACGUCUUCCGCCACUGGCCGCCCGACUGGGAGGACGAGCGCGUCAGCAGCGCCGCCAUCUUGCGCCUCAUCUACCAGGGCCGCUUCCUGCACGGCAACGUCACGCUGGGCGCGCUGAAGCUCCCCGCGGGGAGGACCACGGUGAUGCACCUCGUCGCCAGGGAGACGCUGCCCGAGCCCAACUCGCAGGGUCAGAGGAACCGCGAGAAGACGGGCGAGAGCCACUGCUGCGUCCUCCUGUAGCCCCGCCCCCUCCGCCGGCCCCGCCCAGCCCGGGGGCGGGGCCUCGGCGGGGGCGGGGCCGGAGACGCGGACCGCGCCUGCGCGAGGAGACUUCCGGGUCGCCCGGGUGCACUGCGCCUGCGCGCACAGACUGUUCCGGGCCCUGGAGCGGACUGCGCCUGCGCACAGAGACGUUUCCGGGCUGGAGGCGCCUGCGCCGAGACUGUUCCGGGUCGCCGGGUCGGACUGCGCCUGCGUAGAGACCCCUGGAUUUCCCCCCCCCCAACAGAGUGGACUGCGACUGCGCACACAGAGAAGCUCCGGGCGGACUGCGCCUGCGCAUAUGCACUGUUCCGGGUCGCCCGAGAGUACGGCGCCUGCGCAGAGGCCCGGGCAUGCGUACAAAGACUGUUCCGGCUCUCCGCGACUGCGCAGUGACUUUGCGGCCUCUUGCGCCUGCGCAGUGACAGUUCCGGACUCCAGCACAUGCGCGCUCGCCAUUCUCGGUUUCUCCGCGCCUGCGCAGUUGCCCGCGCACGCGCAGUCGCCCCCCGGGCCUCCCCGCCGCCCCCUGUACAGCAGAGUCCUCUAUUUUUCGCCCCGCCCAGACGCUGUCCGACCCGGGUUCGAGCCCCGCCCGGGUCCCGAGCGCAAUAAACGGUAGAAGCUG